ACAUUAAACGCACUCAGGUUUCAAAAUAAAAGCCUGGGUUUGGCUCCUUCCAGGACUUUCAGCAGGACAAGAACCAUGGAGCUGAUCUCUAAAAGUCUGUUUCUGUGUUUAGUGUUUGUCCUCAGCGAGGCAGCACCAGUGCAGGACUCAGCAAACGAUGCUGCUGUGCCAGACCGGUGCACAGGUAUCGAGUUUGAUGCCAUCACUCCUGAUGAGAAGGGAAACACAAUAUUUUUCAAAGAUGGCCAUAUUUGGAAAGGUUUCAGUGGGCCAGCGCAGCUCUCCAGUGAGUCCUUUAGAGAGCUGGGUGGUCACGUAGAUGCUGCCUUCCGCAUGCACAACCAAGAGAACCCAGACGACCAUGAUCACAUCUACCUUUUCCAGAAUAACCAAGUGUUCAGUUACUUCAACCAAAAUCUGGAGGAUGGGUAUCCAAAAGAGAUCCAGGAGGAUUUUCCUGGAGUCCCAGGUCACCUGGAUGCUGCUGUGGAGUGUCCCAAAGGAGAGUGCAUCACCAGUUCAGUUCUGUUUUUCAAAGGACAGGAUGUAUAUGUUUACGAUUUAAGCACUAAAACAGUGAAGUCGAAGACGUGGUCCCACUUGCCUGGCUGCACCUCUGUUUUCCGAUGGCUAGAACACUAUUACUGCUUCCACGGACACAACUUCACCCGCUUCCAGCCAGUGACAGGAGAGGUGACCGGCUCCUACCCCAAAGACGCCCGCCACUAUUUCAUGCACUGCCCUAACUUUGGUCAUGGCGGUAAUGCUGCACCCCUUAAAUGCCACAAUGUCAAACUUGAUGCUGCCACUACAGAUGACGCAGGCAGAAUUUACUACUUCUCAGGUUCCAUCUACAUGCGUCUGGACACGCACCGUGAUGGGUUUCAUGCCUUCCCAAUAACCAGAGGAUGGAAAGAGGUGGCCAAUGGCGUUGAUGCUGUUUUCUCAUAUGCUGAUAAAGUCUACAUGAUUAAGGGUGAUCAGGUUUACAUUUAUAAAGCAGGCACUCACUUCACCCUGAUUGAAGGCUACCCAAAACCAGUCAGGGAGGAGCUAGGCAUCGAGGGCCAUGUGGACGCUGCUUUUGUAUGUCCAACUGAAAACACAGCUCAUAUAAUCCAAGGAAAUACAAUGCGGGAUGUUGUGCUCACUGCCACUCCCAGGAUUAUUGCCCGAGAUGUGCCAUUGCCCCUGUCGGACAUUGAUGCUGGUCUGUGUGGUGCAGAUGGAAUUAAACUGUUCAAAGGUUCACAGUAUUACCUCUAUGAAAGCCCUAUGAUACUAGCAUUGAGCAGGAUUGCUCCCACACCUGCAAACAUCACCUCAGCAAUGAUGGGCUGCAAGGAUUAGGAAUCAAAUUAAUUAAAACAGGAACCAAAAUACAAUUAAAAGCAAAUGAAAACUUUAAAAAUACAGCCGAGUUAAAAUKUUACACUUAUUGAAUGAAACCAAAAAAUUCCUUGUUUCAUCCAAUGCAGUUCGACUUUGUGGUGAAUAAAGCGUASAGAUAAAAGUGCUUUAUGAAGUGUAAACCAUUCUUUUGUUUGUUGACUUAAUUGUUUUUCAUCACUCAUAU